AUGGGUGCUGGACAAAUAGGCGGCAUAGCCACAAUGCUGGAUAUUGAUUUCAAAAAUGCAGCAGGUUUUAUUGGUGUGCAGGCCGAUUUAACAGAAGCACAAUAUAUUGUACAUUUCUUAUCUCAUGCAAUGAUGUUCUGCGUUGGCGCACUCAUAGAAGCUCAUGUGGUCCUAACACCGGCUAGCUGUGUAUUUGGAGAAAGGUAUAAAUUUGAUGUUAUCGGUGGCACGCAUAAUUUUUUGGAGUUUGCCGGCGUUAAUCGUUUAGUACAUCAUCUUUGUAUUCACAGAGGGUAUAAUCACACACGACGAUGGAUAGAAUGUUCUCCAGACAAUGUGGCAUUAUUGGUAUUAAAUCAGCAAUUUUCAUUUCACAAACGCGAACUUGGCUCUGAUUUCGUGAUAAACAGAGUAAGAUAUGGUACCUCGGCUCCAAAGGACGACCAUCGUAUCGGUGACUCAAGUUGUCGUUAUUAUGGCUGGGGGAGUAGGCGAAAUGGGUAUUUAAUACCACUGCUGAUACAUCUUCGCCGUGUUGAUGUGAUACUUGCACGCUCUGAGAAUUGUCCUCAAAUAUGGAAUUACAAUAACAAAUACCUUUGCGUUCAGCAACCGCCUUGCAAGUCUGAGAAAUUUGGAGCAUUAUGUCCAGAUGACUUAGGAACAAUUAUUGUGUGUUCGGGAUUUGUCCAGGGUAUGAUGACUUCUCGUCUGGUAGAUCGACCAUGUGGUGUGGGAUUUCUUGAUUUAAGCAAAUAUAAUAAAUUUCUUACAUGCGGUGUGGAUGAUUCAAGAGAUGUGAUCGAUCAUGAUGACUUUAUGACAUUUGAUUUCACAACCAAUCCACCAACACCAUCCUUAAUAGUACCACCGGUUUUGCUCGAGGAAAAUAUUACAAGUGACCGUUAAUAAAUAAUUAUACAAAAAAUAAAUGUGUAAUUAACCUCUAAUUA